GAUGUCAGCAUCGUUAUGUUGUGAUCGCGGUUUCGAUGCAGGAGGAAACCCGGACUCCGAGGAUCCGUCCUGUUCCCGAACGGAGACCUUAAGAUGGCAGGCGAGGAGGAGAGGGGGGUGGUCCGAGUCAAAGUGAGGAAGUGUGACGGCGCUCUUCCUGUGGAGUUUCGCUCGUUUGCCGUGGAUCCUCAGAUCACGUCUCUGGAGGUCCUGCAGCACAUCCUGAUCCGAGCCUUCGACCUGAGCGGGAAGCGGAACUUCAACAUCAGUUACCUGUGUCGCGACCGCAGCAGCGCUGAAAUGUACCUGUCCCUGCUGUCCGACUGGGAUCUGGACGUUGCUUUUCUCAGUGCAGCCAAACCGUUUCUGCAGCUGAAGAUGGACGUGAAGCCCUCGGAGGACAGUCCGGUGAUGGAGGACUGGGACAUCAUAAGCCCCAAAGACGUGAUCGGCUCCGAGCAGCUUCUAGCAGAGAAGACGAGAUCUCUGGCGUCUGCAGCUCUUCCCUUCACGCAGUCGCUGCUCUCCCAGGUGGGACGUACCCUGUCCAGGGUCCAGCAGGCCUUCACGUGGUCCUAUGGGGAGGAGAUGAAGCCUUUCAAGCCUCCCUUAAGCGACUCUGAGUUCCACAGUUACCUGAAUGGACAGGGUCAGCUGACCCGGCCAGAGGAGCUCCGGCUGCGGAUCUACCACGGGGGGGUGGAGCCCUCUCUGCGCAAGGUGGUGUGGCGGUACCUCCUGAACGUUUACCCCGACGGCCUGACCGGACAAGAGAGGAUGGACUACAUGAAGAGGAAGACCCGGGAGUACGACCAGCUGAAGAGGGAGUGGACCGCUCGGGUCAGCCAAGACGAGCUGGAGUUCAUCCGGGGGAACGUUCUGAAAGACGUGCUGAGAACGGACCGGGCCCAUCCCUACUACGCCGGCUCUGAAGACAGUCCACACCUGACGGCGCUCACCGACCUGCUCACCACGUACGCCAUCACUCAUCCUCAGAUCUCCUACUGUCAGGGCAUGAGCGACAUCGCCUCUCCCAUCCUCGCCGUGAUGGACAACGAAGCCCACGCCUUCAUCUGCUUCUGCGGCAUCAUGAAGAGGCUGGAGGGGAACUUCCGCCCGGACGGCCAGCUCAUGUCCGUCAAGUUCCAGCACCUGAAGCUGCUGCUGCAGUACUCGGACCCAGAGUUCUACUCCUACCUGGUUUCUCGGGGGGCCGACGACCUGUUCUUCUGCUACCGCUGGCUCCUCCUGGAGCUGAAGCGGGAGUUCGCUUUUGACGACGCCCUGAGGAUGCUGGAGGUGACGUGGAGCUCUCUGCCCCCAGACCCUCCCGAGACCGAGGUGGAGCUCGUGGGGCCGCGCUCCGGCGUGUCGGGCCGCGGCGAGGAGAACGGCCACGGAGAGGACGCGGAGCAGAAGGAGACGCAGCGGAGGCGGCACAUGCUGAGGCCGUCACGGGAGGAGGCGUGUCCGAGCGGCGCCGCCAUCGCCGAGGAGAUGGAGGAGGCUGGGAGCGAGGGUCCCGGCGUCACGCCGGAAAGGUCGGAGGUGCGCAGACAAACCAGUUUUGGAGAGUUCAAAUACUACUCGGCUCGAAACGAGGACAGUUUUGAGAUGGAGGACUCCGAGCCCACGCAGGACGCCGUCACCUCAGGGCCAGAAACCAACCCCUCCAGCCGCCAGUCCACCGUGGACAGCGAGGACGACCCGGGAGAGAAGACCCCCCUCAUUAAAACCGACGACAGCCCCGACUCCUCGGCCUGUCAGACGUCAGGAGACUCCGCCCACAUCUUCAACGGAGCCGACGCCUUUCCCGGAACUGUCCCCGGAGCGCCCGCGUCCGUCACUUCCCCCUCCCACAGUCACAGCCGGUCCGUGCUCUCCUCGCCCAUCCUGUCCUUUGCAGGAGGCCCCGCCCCCUCCGCCGCCAGCAUCAAGCCCUGCUCCCUGCCCCCGCCCCAGGAGUUUGGCAAAGGAAACCCCUUCAUGCUGUUCCUGUGCCUGUCCAUCCUGCUGGAGCACCGCGACCACAUCAUCAAGAACUCGCUGGACUACAACGAGCUCGCCAUGCACUUCGACCGCCUGGUGCGGCGCCACAACCUGACCCGGGUCCUGCAGCGGGCCAAAGCCCUGUUCGCAGACUACCUGCAGAGCGAGGUGUGGGACUCGGAGGAGGGGGACAACCUGUCCAGCACCAUUCCCUCGCCGCCGGCGCCGCUCUCCCCCACAUCCUGAGUCAGUCUGGCUCCGCCCACUGGAGGACGUGUCUGCGUUUGCCUGGUUGUGUCUUCUCCCGUCCGCAUCCUCAGAACUUCUUGAGGCGGGAAACUCCAAACUGGGAUGUUCUGGUUGGGCGGCGUUCAUCUGCAUCCAGCCUCGCCACUCUGCUCCUCGCCGACCAGCUCCUCGCCAACCAGCUCCUUUGACGCUGCAGCGCUCCUGACCAGCUUCUCCUACACGGACUGAGAGCUCAGAGCUAUGAAGGGAUUUUUAUGACACCAAAUUCCAAGUUACAGAUUUGAGAUCAAAGUGUUCUAAGUUGCAAAGAAAAUGUGAAGUGUGGAGAAUAAACCUUCAUCAUUUUCAAAUGAAAAUAAAUAUUUGCUUUCAAAAACUUUUUUUAAUUUAAAAAAUAUUUUUACGUUGCUAUUUUUUUGUUCAAAACAUGUUUUGGAGUUUGCAAACUGUUAUUUUUACCUUAAAAAAUACUUUUGCGACUGCAGCACAAACAUUUUGCGUAGUGUCUCAUCUCGCUUUUGCCCUAUCUUUGAUUUUGCAUUCAACAUUUUCUCUCAGCGUUACGGUCGUGUCUUGGUGAUGAGCUUUUCGUGAAUCAAACAAUAAAAAAUUAAGAGAAAGUUGCAUCGUUUACCAAAGCAGAAGAAAUGUCAUGUUUAACUUUUAAUGUUCGUUUUCACAGAGACUUCUGUCUAAGAACUAAUGUUUACUUUUGUCCAAAAUUUAAAAAAAAUCAUGAAAAAUGCAACUUUAUCUAAGUUUUAUUCCACGUUUUAUCUAUUUUACAGCUCAUAGAAAGUCCAAAGGCAAUGUGAGGCAGAGACACGUGAUUGGACAGAAUCUAGACCAAUCAGCAGGCUGUUUGAGGUGACACAAGAGAAAAGGUUAAACACAAAAUCAAAGAUAGGGCGAAAGUGAGAUGAGGCACUACACAUCGCAAACCGUUUGUGCUGCAAACGCAAACAUGUUUUUGAAGGCAAAAAAAGUUUUUGAAAGCAAAUAUGAAACAUUUUUAUUUACAAAUUAUGAUCUUUUUUAACACUUGACAUUUUGUUUUCAAUGUAGAAAAUGUUGAUCUAAGUUCUGCAUGAUGGUGUCACAAAAAUCCUCCAUACAGAGCAGGUUAGUGUAGAGGACGGACGCCGCCGGCGUAUAUCUAGACGGGAGGAGACGAUGAUGAGGACGUCUGUAGAGUUAGGACUGAGGGAUGGACGGAGACCAGUUGGAUUUUGUGUCUAUUAAAAGAAGCUCAGUUUUAUUACUAUCAGCUCAGUGAUCACUAACCUGAUCCGCUCCGGCUGCUGAUCAGUGUUGGUCCAGCAGACAGGACCGUCCCACUGGACCGUCCCACUGGACCGUCCCUCUUUACCGUCCCACUGGACCGUCCCACUGGACCGUCCCACUGGACCCUCCCACUGGACCGUCCCGCAGGACCGUCCCACUGGACCGUCCCACAGGACCGUCCCACAGGACCGUCCCACUGGACCGUCCCACUGGACCGUCCCACAGGACCGUCCCACAGGACCGUCCCACAGGACCGUCCCACAGGACCGUCCCACAGGACCGUCCCACUGGACCGUCCCACAGGACCCUCCCACAGGACCGUCCCACAGGACCGUCCCACAGGACCCUCCCACUGGACCAUCUCGUGUUCAGAUCCUCCAUGUGAUGAGUCCUAUUCCAUCCUAUCGUCUGAGACCUUUUCCACAUGAUGGUGUUCUGUAAGAAACUCCUGUCUCCCAUCAUGCACUGCUGCGUUUAUGUAGUCACACAUGAAGCUAACGCUGACGUGUUGCUUGGUGCUGUCAUGGGAUUCACUUUUUUGUGCGAUUAAUUAAUUGGGACCUGUAAUUAAUUAAUCUAAUUGAUCGAUUUAAUCACAAUGGUUUUUAACCUAAUAAUUGCUGUUAAAAGGCUAAUUUUGAGGUAUUUAAUUUAACUUUGUAACAUUGUGCCGCAGUAAAAGAUGAAAAUAAAACUACGUAAGUGGCUUUAUAGUUUUUUUGAUUAUAUGAACUUCCAACCUUCACUUUGACACACUGAGGGCUCAUCUUUUUUUCAAUCUUGGACAAGCAACAAAAAAAAACGACACCAAACAAAUAAGUGAAUCUAAGAAGUCAGAAAUGAAACACCGCAGAGGAAUUCAAUUUUUUGGAUUUUAUUAAAAAAAUAACUUCUUUUAACUACUUUUAACUUCUCAUGACGAUCACUUUUCUCAAAAAGUAUCUGGAGCGGAGCGCGGUUCGCCUCGCGUUGAAGCUGUUGCCAUGACAACGUGGUGCAUCGUGUAUUAAACAUUUCACCUCUGUAAAAAAAAAAACAA